UAAACCGGUUGUAGUGUCUCCCGUCAGCGGCCUUUGGCGCAGGUUUUCUCCGCCGCUUCACUCCGCUCCCUCUCAGCAGCAUUCAGGAGACAGACCUACCGGCGGUAUAACGCACACCAUGGCAGAGCAGGAACCCACACCCGAGCAGCUGGAGGCGCUUGCAGCAGCCAAUGACGAGCCGGAGAACCCUCUCAACUACAAACCCCCCGCCGCCAAGAGCCUACAGGAGAUCCAGGAGCUGGACCAGGAUGACGAGAGCCUGCGCAAGUACAAGGAGACCCUGCUGGGCAACGUGGCCUGUGUGGCAGACCCCUCGGCCCCCAACGUGCAGGUGAUAGGGAUGACUCUGAAGUGUGAAACGGCCCCUCACCCUCUGGUGCUCGACCUGACGGGAGACCUGACUAAAUUCAAGAAGAGCCCAUUUGUUCUGAAGGAAGGGGUGGAAUAUAGAAUACAGAUCAACUUCAAGGUCAACAAGGAUAUUGUGUCCGGCAUGAAGUACACUCAGCAGUCAUUCCGGGGAGGAAUUAAGGUUGAGAAGUCUGACUACAUGGUGGGCAGCUAUGGCCCGAGACCCUCUGAGGAGUACACGUUCGUCACCCCCAUGGAGGACGCCCCCAAAGGGAUGAUCGCCCGCGGCACCUACACCAUCAAGUCCAAGUUCACCGACGACGACAAGCACGACCACCUCUCCUGGGAGUGGUGCAUCGCGAUCAAGAAAGACUGGACCGAAUGAUUCGCCCUCCACGACUUCCUCCGCUUGGUUCCCCCUUUCCUUUCUUGCUGUCAUUCCAUUUUAUCUGUCUGCAUUACGUGUUGAUUUGAGAUGUCGCUCUCUCCGUCCAUCGACAACCCCCUCCCCCCGCUCUUUACAGUGUUUCUAAAUUCCAAUCACCUCCUUCCAUCCUAGCGCUUUCAUUCAUUUCCACCUUUCUGCUAAGCUAUACAAAAGGAGAAAGCAAACGAUGCGCACGAUCCAGAUUUCUCAGUUUGUUUAUAAAAGAAAAAAUUAAGUAAAAAAAAAAGAUAGUCUUGUUAACUGCUGGAAAGUGACCCCCCCUGUACCCUCUCUUUCAUUCUGAUCUACGACCAGAUUGUUUUUUUUUCUACGAAUACCGUGAUCUGCCUUGAAUAGCAUCGUACAGGAAGCAGUAGAGCUGUAUUUGAGAAAUCAUAGCUGGAAACCACUCUUGGACCUCCUAAAGCCUCUGAGCAGAUUAUUCGUAUCAGGGUCCCGCUAAAUUAUUUGGGAUUCAGGCCAUCUCUUUUUCAAAUGAUUUAGUCUGAAACGAAUUGACCUCUGACCCGCCGUGACCCCUCGCUGUAGGUCUUCCUCUCCUGAUCAGGGUAUAUUGUCUUCUUUUUAGCAGCCAUGUGGCCUUAACAUAACCCAUUGGAAGAAAUAGACUACCUAAAUGAGCCAUUUGCCUUCUGAUACAUACAUAAUGUGAUAACACCACAUGGACAGGGAACAUUUUUUAAUUCAGGUAUGACGAUUUGUAAAAAGCGAUUGUGUUGGCGUCCAUCAUGUUAGCUUGAUUUACAAACAUCCUUUUCUUGACAGUGUUGAAUUAACUUUUUAUUUUUCGAUCAUUGACAACAGCUGUAAGGAUGAGUCCAGGUUGUACUAAUGGCUUUUUGUCACCCAGUGUCCUUUUCUAGUCCCGUAGGCCAUAUUUUUCCAACGUGUCCAAGGACUGUAAAACCACUCAUCCUGUAUUACUCGAGUUUAAAAUGACCACCGCUAACUGUGCCUCUCUUACAACCACAUGCUGCUCCUGCUGACGACGGCACUCUGUGCUCGACAUCAGGGAGGUGAAACGUUGUCUGUAAUUGACUUCUGAACCAGUGUAGAGACAUCAGUCCCCAACCAGACAUAUCUAAAGUGUUAUUCCUUUUUUUUUUAUACACUCCAGAAGAAGUAUGGAAAUGAAGUCUGUAUCCACUGCUUCGUUAGGCGCUUGUGUCACAGACUGAUGUUUGUCUCUGUAGGUUGGGUUUUACUCAAUGUGUGAUUCUUGUAUGACCUACUGUUUACUGAUAUCCUGUGUUCACAUUAAAGUGUUCAGACUGGG